AUGACAUACACCUAUUCAGGCUCCAGUAUGUCUACGCCCCUAAAAAUAACAACGAAGAGCACCCUGCCCCCUCCAGUCAACAAACCAUGGACGCAACAUUUAACCCUCGAUACUCUCCUCCGCGUCGUGCACCACACACUCCUAAACCCAUUCCUCGCCUGGAUCCUAGUUCUCUGCCUCCGCGCCCAAGUAACUCCCACCGCCUCUCCAGCCUGGAUCGUGAGCGUCAGCUACGCGAUCGCGUUGAGUGUGCUCUUUGUCGCGCGAGUGGUGAAUCAUCGUGUCGCGCAUGGGAUUCCGCGGACGGUUGAUUCGGCGCGGGAGGUGGUGCUCAUUACUGGAGGCGCGAGUGGGCUGGGAUUAUCGAUUGCACAGAUGUAUGGGAUGAAAGGAGCUAGUGUGGCGGUUCUUGAUAUCAAGAACUUGGAGGAGAAGGAAGUGACUGAGAUGAUUGGGGAAGGGGUGGGUUACUGGAAGUGCGAUGUUGGCGAGAGGGGAACGUUGGAGAGAAUCAAGAAGGAAAUUGAAGUUAAGCUCGGUACUCCGACUAUCAUUGUCAAUUGCGCGGCGGCGAGGAUUCAUGGCGGAACAUUGCUGGACUUGCCCGCUGAUGCUUUUGAGAAGACUGUGCGCACCAAUCUACUCGCUGCUUUUCAUCUCUAUCAGGUUUUCAUGCCGGGUGUUGUUGAAGCGGAGAAUGGAGGUACGAUCGUCACAGUCAGCUCAGUGCUGGGCCAAUUGUCUCCGGCAGGACUGUCCGAUUAUUCCGCUAGCAAGGCUGGAUUGAGUGCGUUGCACAGAACAAUCGAGGCCGAGUUCCGCGGAACUGAUCAGAUCAAGACGUUGCUCGUGGAGGUUGGACAAAUGGCUACGCCGCUAUUUGACUGGGUCCGUACGCCGAGCAAUUUCUUUGCGCCUGUUCUCGAGCCAGUUGAGGUUGCUCGUGAGAUCGUUGCCGCGGUCGAUAGUGGCCAGGGUGGCGUGCUCAGGCUGCCGUCAUUCGCAAAGCUCGUCAAUCUUUAUGCUGUGUUGCCUGGUGCUGUGCAGCGCUUGGCGCGAUUCGUGAGUGGAAUCGACCGUGCUGUGUCUUCUGGUCUUCUUCAACGUGACGCUCCCGACAGUGAGAUUCCUAACAGCAAUCGUCGAAUCCUCAGGAGCGCAAAGAAACGGACUGAUUGA